AUGGAAUGCAUGAGACUGUUAGACAGUUUAGAUAUUUUGGGUUAUGCUGGUAUUUGCACAGGAUCAGAAAAUUCACAGAUAUUGCAAAAUUCUCUCUUAAUAUUGCAACGAGAAAAUCAUUUUCAAAAGUGUUAUUAUUGGGGGAAAAUUUAUGGAGUUCAAAAUGAUUAUCAUAUUGCGUACGGUUUUGAAAAAGACUGCAUGAACGGUCAAAAUUAUUAUUAUAGCAUGGAUGGUUUGAAUUGGUUGCUAUUACCGAAGGCAGAUAAAUGUGCAUUAUUCUUAACAUCCCUUGCUGUUAAUAAAUUCGAAGGUGAUCCAUCGUUAAUCACUAAUGUUUACAACGUAAAUCCUCCGUUCCCGUCAAACGAAGAUCCUAAGAAAUAUUACGACGGUCCUAUACCGAAGGAAUUAAAAGAAGAAGACAGACUCGCGGCAACGGUACAGUCGAUCAGAGAAGAUGCCGUAAUAAUUCCACGUGGCGCUUGGUUUAAAUGUCCUAACGGUGACGUAAUUGAAAAUAUCAAUUUUGAUGGGCUCGCCGCCGUUGACGCUUCUUAUUUAAAGUCCUAUUUACACGCGCGUCCGCCGCAACAAAAAUGGAAUACCAAUUUAUUGACUAGGCCCGAUUAUAGUUACUCGUUAGACUUUUUGGACACGAUCGAUCUUGAUGUGCCACAAGGAUGCUGGAAUCUGCAACUUGUACAAAGCAAGAGAUCUGUAAUUUUACAGAAUCUGUAUUGGCCUGGUUUGACUUUUUAUCACAAAUUAAACGAUUCUCGUCAUGGUUUUCUUUAUUUUGGACACGGGAAAAAGAAUAUGGAUGUGGUUUUUAUGAUAUAG